AUGUCCAUCACCAUCAAAACGAACCUGGGUGACCUGAAGGCGGAGCUGUACUGCCAGCAGGCUCCCAAGACGUGCAAGAAUUUUCUCGCGCUCUGCGCCUCUGAGUAUUACAAUGGCACGCGAUUCCAUAGAAACAUCAAAGGCUUCGCCAUCCAAGGCGGCGAUCCGACGGGGACCGGCAAGGGAGGGGAGAGCAUUUAUGGAGGCUUGUUCGAGGACGAGUUUGUGUCGACUUUGAAGCACGAUCGGCGCGGCAUUCUCUCGAUGGCGAAUCAAGGCAAGCCGAACACGAACGGAUCCCAGUUCUUCAUCACUUACUCGCGUCAGCCUCACUUGAAUGGCGUCUACACUGUUUUUGGCCGGCUCAUCGACGGUCUCGACACUCUCGAAAAAAUGGAAAAAGAGCCCGUCGGCCGGAAGAAUCGUCCCGAAAAUGAUAUCGUUGUGGAGCAAGUCAUUAUUCACGCCAACCCAAUCGCUGAAUCGGAGCAGCUGUGA